GGACGCAUUGAAGUACCAGUCCAUAAUGUGUGCAAACUGCAUCAUCUGCCAACUUGACUGUCCCUAUCCGGGACACAGGCAUGAUGCUGGCAUUUUAUGCGAGACUGGCCUCUACGAGAAGUUGGAAAAGCUUGUGCGGUAUCUAUGGCGACCCUGCAUACCCAAUACUGCGGCUUCUCGUGAGGUUGUACGCAGAUGCCACCCUCACUCAACAGCAAGUGUUCUUCAACGGUGGCAUGAGCACUGUGCGACAAGCUGUUGAGUGGGGGUUCGGCAAAAUGGUAUCCGAGUUCGCAUUUCUAGACUUCAAGAUGAAUCACAAGCUGUACUUGCAAGAUGUGUGGAAAAUGUAUUGGGGGGCAAUUCUUUCUAACUGCCAUACACGCCUGUACGGUAGUCAAGACUGGCAUGCUCUUCGGGCUCCGUGCACCCAAAUUGAGGCAAUACUUGAAACCCUCUGUACGGGAUGGAAACAACUUUUAAAAUUCCCUUGGUACAGUGCUCAGCAAACUUAUAUGGAACACUCAAACUCUGUUUUAUCUUAUUAG